AUGUGGAUUCUCGACUCGGAUGGUGAUUUUCUGGAAGGGAAACGCGUGUGGCUCAAACCGGGGAAGCAGUAUCUGUUCGGUCGCAUUCGGCAGGAUGGAGUCCGCCAUGCGAUCGGGAAUGCCUCCAUCUCCAGAAAGCACAUGGUGAUCGAGGUAUCACCAGUGAAGCCGGGAGACGGGUCACAUAUCCAUGCGAGGUCUGAGAUUUCAGUGAUUGAUCAAGGGUCGAAAUGUGGCACGAUCGUCAACGGGGAGCAGAUCAGAGGGGACAGCAAAAAGCUCAACGGCGAGGAGCAUACGAUCAAGAUCGGGAAAUACCAACACCUCCUGAGGAUUACAUGGCAACCGACUGUGCUCAGCUUCUCAUUAUCGUCGAAAGAACUGAAAGUGAGAGACCCCCUGGUCCACGUGCGCUCCCGACUUGAGGAUCUCGAUAUCAAGACCGUCAUUCCAUAUCUCGUCGAUAAGACUACACAUGUUGUUCAGAGUAAACGAAAUACGGCGAAGGGAUUACAAGCGCUGAUAAAUGGGAAAUACAUUGUGCAAGAGUCCUUCCUCGAUGCGGUGGUGUACGCCGCAACACCCAGCGACUUGGAGAACAUUGAAUCGCUGUCUCCGCUCGAGUCUGACUUUGACUCUGCCUGGCCGGAUGCGAUGGAGCAUCUCCCACCACCUGGAAAAGAACCGGUCCAAAGAUCGGCUGACGCUUUUGCACCAAAUCCAAGCCGAUUGAACAUUUUCGAAGGAUACACGUUCGUCUUUGGUGACAGUAUGCAGUUUGAGAACCUUCAGGCAUCGAUCAAUAAUGGGCAUGGGAAAGCCCUCUUCUACCAGGUUGAGGACGGUGUCACCACCGCCGAGGAGAUAGUACAAUUCAUGCGGAACGCCUCUGGCGGUAAAGGCAUAGGUGCCGAGAGAAGCGAUCCUGGAGGGGUUGUUCUCGUGCGCUUUCGUUCCAAGGGCCGCUAUGAGAAUUGGUCCAUUGAGAUAAGCAAUCAGAUUGCAGUCAUGAUCGAUCAACGUGUGAUAGAGCAGAGCGAAUUCCUCGACGCCAUCUUGGGCAACGAUGCUGCUCCGUUGUGUCGUCCUCUUCCUUCGGAACCGGACCUGACCCAAGAAUCUGACACCGGGGCCGGGGCCGGAGCCGGUACCUCCUCGCAACGUGCUCUUACACAAACUUCAGCUACAGAAGUGGUUGACGAUGAAGCCUCUCAACCCACACCCGAACUAUCCCUUAAAGAAGAACCGACGCAACGCUCCAGGUCGGGGAGUAAACGGCCACGAGUCCGCAGUUUUGUCAGCAAGGUGAAGAAUUUCGACGAUGGCUUUGAUAUGAAUUCAAUCCCUGUCUACACGCUGGAAGAUGACGAGGUUAUUCCCGACUCAGUCCCACCGGUAGCGAUGGAACCUAUUCCGGAGGAACAAACACAGCCGGACAGGAUGGUUGAUGAAAACGAGGAAGAGGACGUUCUUUCUGCUCUGCUCCCCGGCGCCAAGGCGAUGAAGAGACACCGGGCUGAGAUGAGUCGACACCAGGUAGAUGACCCCGGGCACUCCCCAAAGGAAGAGAGUCUCCCACGACCGAAACGUCCGAAGCUUGACGUUCGAGAGGCGGCCCGUCAGCACCGAGAAGCUGCUGAAGAGAAGGCCCACCAGCGUCGACAGGCUGAAGAAGAAGCCUUGCAGGCCUCUCUCAAAGAUGUUGACGUUGAGAAGAUGAAAAACCUUGCCAUCGUAGAAGAGAUGGACAUCAAACCGAGAACGCCUAGCGAACCCCUCACAGAUGAUCGGGACCGCUGGGAUGAAAGAUGGAACGGGCGCAAGAAUUUCAAAAAAUUCCGACGCAAGGGGGACCCCAGUCACACCCGGCAGCGGAUCCAAACGGUCAUCGUUCCCCUGGAGGAGGUCGUCAGGAAAGAGUUUGGAGUCGGCGAACACCACUGGGUUAGCAUCCGCAAAAGCCCCGACCCGGGCGCCGUGGAGAGCGGCAGCGGGCCUCGCGAUGCGAUACUGAGCCGCGAGGCCACCGGCACCUCCACUUCACAACGGUCCCUUCGGACAGAGAGUGAGGCACCACCGCCGUCCCUCCGGCAGCAGAAGCGAACCCGUGAAGUCCAGGACUCGGACAGCGAGGAGGAUCUCCGCUUCCGCUUCCGCCGCAAGAGGUAG